CAGGCAACUCAUGCUUGCACCCUGCCCGCAUUCUGCCAUUUCAUAGCAAGCAUGCAGAAAGGGUUGGCGUGAAGCAGCAGCUGACAUGGCAGGGCCACUACGCUCCACUGCAAGGGAAUGCUUUUCUGACCGCCCUUUGAGGAUGCUUGAAGUAGGAUACCACAGCGACUCGUUUGCCUAAGAAGGAAGCUAUGGCGAGAGAACUGCCAGGCUUCUACUUUGACACCGAGAAGAACCGCUACUUUCCAGUUCCCAGAAAUGGAGCAGCUGCCGGCAGAGGCAUUCCUGCAGAUGGAAAGAGGCCGCAGGUCACACCAGAGUCUGACAGGGACGGUGGGCCCUCUCGAGAAGUAAAGCCCACUCUGCCGCCAUCACAGUUCAGCCUCCUGCAAAGACGAGAGCGGUCCGGUGCAUUCGUGUAUGGCAGAGACGCCCCUCAUGGACGGCGCUUCACUUCUGCCAGCUGGGAGGCUGGAUUUCGAGAUUACACGGUCUGGGGCUUUGGCAACGACCCACAUUUUGGCGCAUCGGCUGAUUCGAGUCUCCAUGGUGCCGGCCCGUUCCUCCAAGUGUCCCACGGUUCCAGAACGAUUUUCUUGGCAGGCGACGAGCAUGGACUGAACGCACUGGAGCCGCGUGGUGCGUCUGAGGACCCGCUUUCGAUCCACGGUGUCAAACUUCUCGACAGCAGGCCCGGUGCCUUCCUCGAGGAAUCUGAGAAUAGUUCAGAAACGACAGCGAUAGAUAGUGGAGCGACUGGAAGGGAAGAUAACACGACUUCGAGGCAGGAGGAGGAGAGCGACUCUGAAGGCAGCUCUUCAGAUGAUGACCUCGAUCGGAAGCGGGGAUUCUACUUCCGGGGCAGGAGACGAAAGCCCUGGUUCCAGAGGAAACGGAAACGGAAAACUCGGGGCGUGUGGCGUGACACCGGACAGGGUUUGCAGCGCAUCGACGUACUGCUUCCUAAAGUGGAGGGGCGUGCGGAAAGAGAGGGGCGGGGGGCGCGAGGGGAGAGUUCGACGCAAGCUGGAAGAAAGGAGAGAUGCCCGGUGGAUUUGGCCUUGCUCAGUAGCCUCCCCCUCCAGUCACGGGUCACGGCACUCCGGUCCGCAGGCAGGGCCGAGGAGUGGGGCGGGGAUCAGCGGUUCAUCGCCACCACACUGGGGUCCAACACGACGGCCGGCAGCUUCCUGCUGCUGCACAGUCGGGAGGGCGACACGUGGACGGAGCCGGACGUGGUGCGCCGGCACUACUUCGACAAGGAGAGCAUCUGGACCGGGGACAUUAGCAGCAACGGGCGGCAGGCCGUCAUAGGCGCAUCCACCUUGGGCUUCCGCAUCCAGUUGGAGACAUGGGCGAUUCGCCCCCUCGCCCCCUCGAACGGCAGUGCAACCUUAGCGCAGCAGUUCGACAGCACGGGAAACCUGGUCCUGUCCGGCUUCCGCAACGGUGCCAUCUCCACCGUCGAUCUCCGCCCCAGCUCCGCCCUCUCGACGGCUCCUCAAAACCGCAGCGGGGGGUCAAAGUCGCCAGCCACGGCAGCCCCCUGCAGAUGCGCUCCUCCGUGUGCGACCUGCGGCUGCUUCGCACGGACGAAAACUUUCUGCUCGCGAGCGCAAUGGACGGGAGCCUCGUGCAGUGGGACCGCCGUGCGGCACGGCGCCCGGUACGGACCUUCCCCGGACACCGGAACAGUCACACAAUGCUUAAGAUGGCGGUCGACCCGGGCGAGAGGGCCGUCAUGUCAGGGGGCGAAGAUCGUAUGGUGAGGCUAUGGAGCCUGUCAAGCGGAGGACUCCUUCAGCACAUGGGUCCUUUCGAAACCCCCGUCACUUACCUGGAUUGGCUCCCUUCUGAUAGUGCUCUCAAACUGGGAACGACAUGCACAUCAAACGAACAGUUUCCAGACCUCCUGUCCUGGAGUGUAUGGAUGGGCGCGCAAGGCUCAUCGACUGGCCCCAUGCUCGCCACGCAGUUCUGUGAUUUCAAAACCAACUGAUGGUAAUUCACCAAGCCGUUCUGGUGAAAGCGUCGUUUUGGAGCAGGCUUGCGUUCUUUACUACCCUGGUCGCCGUCGUCGUUCUAUAGAGACUUUUUGGUUUCAUGUCGGAACGUAGUCUGAACAGCCUGACACAGUGCCAGGCGAACAAUGAACGUCAAUGAACGCGUUCUAAACGUUCGUCAUCACGCAGUCUAAUGCGGUUGAGCACAAGAUACGGUCCAACAUACUGCUAGCGUGGCCCCCGAUGAGCAGAAACGACCAGUGUGCAACUACAAAAAGUGUGGGAUGCGAGCAUGGACUUUUGUAGAUCUAUCUCGAGAGUGCUCGCGUCUAGAGGUAGAGCUUGUAAGGGAAGGUCUUGUCGAGCCGCGCCCAUGAAUCUCCA